UGGAUCACCUGUCUGAUGAAACAGGAUGAAAAUAUUUUUAGGAAUCAGCAAUGUGUUCAUGGCCCUAACUAUCUUGAUAUUCUUCUGAUGAUGAGACCAAAAUAAUAAAGUAAAAGAAAAUUCUUCAGAUAAAAUGGCAACAAUACUCCAAACAAAUACUUUACAAUCACAAGACACUGAAAGUCUGGGGAAUAAUAGAGUCCAGCAUAAUAACUAUUUCAAUAUCCAAGAGAAUGGAGAGCAGGAGAACUCACCACUAAUAAUUGACCUCCCUGGUUUUUAUGAGGACCUUCACAAAGUUUAUAACUCUGACAGCCAAGAUAACCAUGAGACUUUACUCAAGGGUUGGAAAAAUUUGGUGCUUAAGUACAAAUGCAUUGAAUCCUUCUUGUAUAACAACAGGGACCCUCAGACUUCCAAAGAGGAUGAAGUUGAUCCUAAGGAGAGAUACCUCGACUCUAUAGCUCUGAUAAAAGAAAUUCAAGACUCUAUAUAUUACCUUUGAGGAUACUUCCCUCAUGAAAAUAUUUAUCAGCAAGAACUAUCUCCUAAGAGUGAUCCUGAUGAGGACAGUCAAGCUGAAGAGACUGAGGUAGAGAGACGGGAGAAGGAUAGCACCCCUACACAUGGCAGGUACUCCUCUGUAGUUACACCUAUGAGCAGUAGUCCUAAAUAAAGCUAUUUCUUCUCCAGCUUUGUCCCUUAAAAGAGCUAUUAAAGGAAAGAGCAUCUCCAUUAAGGAAAGUCCUGAAAGAAUUGCAGAAAUUUUAAGUAGUAACACCAAGAAUGAAAAUGAUAUAAACAAUAGUAAAUCGAUGACUUCCUCGGCUUACAAGCUGAGUUCGCCAAGCCAUAUAAUGAAGAAAUCUAAUCAUUUUAGUGACCUUCCUGAUUUUAUCAGCAAAAAAGAGAGCAGUAAGGAGAACCGAACUAUCCUUAAGUCACGAGUUGAGGAGCAUGAUCAAGAUUCUGAUAGUGGACAAGGUACUUUUAGGAUCAAGGUAGAACAAAUGGAUCCAAUGAAAUCGAAGAUAGCAAGCAGUAAAGAAAGCCUCAUGAGCAAAUAUGAGGAGAGUAACGCAAACCAGAGCAGGUCACAGUUCUCCAACAAUGAUUUUAAUAAGAACUCCUGGAUUCAGAACUUAAACCAAGCGAAUAAGAGGAAGAAGAGGCUAUUUGAUAAAAAACCAAUGAGAGUCGAUGAGAUGUAUAGUGACACAGAGAAGAAAUUAUUCUCUGAUAUUGAGUGCUUUAAUUAUAGGCCUGAGAAAAUUAGAUUAUCUCCAAACCUGCAUUUCUAGUACAAAAUUAAUUUAAAUUCCAGUCCCAAUAAU